AACCCUCCUUCUACCCUGAUCGCAUCGCAUCGUCCCUUCCAUUUCUGCGCUCUCUCGACGAACAUGAAUUCAGUCGCACUGAGAUUCGCCAAGCAUUUCAGAAUUCCUUCUUCAACUUUUCCCGCGUCUUCAUUUGUGGCAAGUAGGCAAACAAGCUCAAAGUUGUGGUUCUCUACCGGUGUUUCUGAAAGUGACAAUGAUGUUGAGAAGAACAAUAGAGAAGAAGAAGAAUAUGAUGAUAUGUUCGAUGACAAAGUAGAAUUACAGCCCCAAGGUGUGGAUCCCAGGCGAGGUUGGGGAUUUCGAGGUGUACAUAAGGCAAUAAUUUGUGGAAGGGUGGGGCAAGCCCCUGUACAGAAGAUCUUGAGAAACGGGCGCACGAUAACUAUCUUUACAGUUGGAACAGGAGGAAUGUUUGACCAACGAAUUGUUGAAGCAAAGGAUCUGCCAAAGCCUGCUCAGUGGCAUCGUAUUGCUGUGCAUAAUGAACCACUUGGUGCUUAUGCAGUUCAACAACUUGUUAAAGACGCAUCGGUUUAUGUUGAGGGCGACAUUGAGACCAGAGUGUACAAUGACAGCAUCAACGGUGAAGUAAAAAAUGUUCCAGAAAUAUGUGUUCGACGCGAUGGGAAGAUUCGCCUUUUAAAACCUGCAGAAAGUGCCAGCAAUAUUUCUUUGGACGAUUUGAAAGAAGGGUUGUUUUAGAACGAGACAAAGAUCUACACAUUAUCAAAAGUCUCAAUCAAAAAGCUUGUGUUUCUUUGUAAUUUGAGCCCCGAAAGAUGAUGCUGCUUCCUAUUCAAAGAUUGAGCUAUACUGAAGCGCCGUAAUCCACUCUUGUAAUUGUUUAAACGCUAUUUUUUUUGAGAUUCUAGUUUAGUGUUAGAUUGGCGAGGAAAAUUAUAGGUUCAUUAGAGCUACCUUUGCUGAUGUCUUAAGUCUCCAUGCAGUUAGCUUUGCACGUUGAAGGGAUGAAAGAAAAUUACAAGACCUAUUUUGAAUGUGUAUCCCAUAAUUAUUAGGGACUUGUAAAUUUCAAAUAUGCAUCCAACAGAAGAGUCAUAUUGUGACGGCUUCAUUUAAUGAUU